ACCACACCCAUAACAGAGAGGGGACUAUACAAUACUUAUAUACAGUUCCAGUUUUUCCUCGUUUUAAAGCUGCUUGGGGUUGAGUCCGCGGAUGCCUCUUUUCUAUUCCCUCUCCUUUUCUCUCUGUCUCUUACCCUCUCUUUUUCUCUGUCUCUUACCCUGUGUUGCUCUUUAGUCACAAGCCGCCCACGCCAGAUCAAUUGAGGAAUACUCCUUACCGCUAUUUUCGUCUUUGGAUUUUGUAGCUAGUAUCCCAUCAGAAUGGCGGAUGAGGAAUUGGUUGAUCCGAAGCAAUAUCUCGAGGAAUCUUGCAAGCCAAAAUGUGUGAAGCCCUUACUUGAGUAUCAGGCAUGUGUUAAGAGGAUUCAAGGAGAUGAAACUGGGCACAAGCACUGCACUGGACAGUACUUUGACUACUGGUCUUGUGUCGAUAAAUGUGUUGCAUCGAAGCUCUUCUCAAAACUGAAGUGACACUGAAAGUGUGUGAUGGGUCAGUCUUUCUUCUCUUCAUUUCUAUUUGUCUCCUAUGGGGAUGCCUUGGGAUUUUCUUCUAGCUCUUCAUGAGCUCUCUAUUAGCCAUGUCAAGGUCCUGUUCUUGGAAACAAUACAUUUUUGCCAGCAGAAAUGUUUUUUUUCGGUGCAAAUCAUCCAUUCUGAUCCAUACUGGAACCAAUAAAAGUGUCUUCUCGAUUGUGAUAAAGGGUUUCUCUUUUGAGAUUUAAAACUAGUGACUCACCUUAUUUAGAGAAGCAGAGAAAGAAGCAAUUGAAGACAAGAAAUUUCUUUCUGAAUAUUACUUUUCACUACUUGUUAGUUC